AUGAAGCUCAAGGAAAUUCGUCGAACCUCCACUUUCGCAUGGUCGCCAACGACAUCACUUCCAUUGCUGGCAACUGGAACCGUAGCGGGCGCACUCGACGAAUCAUUCAGCAACGAAAGCCAACUUGAGAUCUGGGCGCCAGACUUCCUCGACAAAGAUGAAUUCGUUCUCGGUUCUGAGGGCGGACAUGGUCCAAAGGGUGUUGUAACGGAUAACUCAAGAUUCAACCGACUGGCUUGGGGUUAUGGGGAUUCCGGAAAACCGAAGGGCGUCCUGGCUGCUGGCAUGGAAAAUGGAGAGCUUGUCCUUUGGGAUCCCGCCAAGGUACUAGCUGGCGCAAGCGCCGCCGAAUCCCUCAUCUUUCGCAACGACACUCACACGGGCCCAAUUCGUGGACUAGACUUCAAUCCCAUACAACCGAGUCUGCUCUCGUCCGGAGGCGUCAAUGGAGAAGUUUACGUCUGGGACCUGAAGGAUCCCGGGCAUCCGUAUUCCCCGAUACCUGGCACCCGUAGUACGAAACUCGAUGAGAUCACCGCAGUUGCUUGGAAUGCCCAGGUGCAACACGUCCUUGCUGGAGCCAGCACCACGGGCUACACCGUCGUCUGGGACUUGCGCGGUAAAAGGGAGGUGGUUGCUCUUGCUUAUGGCGGAGGAACAGGCACUCUCGCUGGUCAACAUGUCGGUUCUAUGAACGGCUUGGCCGUCGGAGGGCGCCGGGGCAUGAGUGAUAUUGCAUGGCACCCAGAUAAUGCUACGAGACUCGUGACCGCGUCAGAGGACGAUUCAUCACCAAUUAUUAUGGUUUGGGAUCUCCGUAAUGCACGUGCCCCCGAAAAAAUUCUCACUGGACACGAGAAAGGUGUUCUGUCCCUUUCGUGGUGUAAGCAGGACGCAGACUUGCUGCUCUCUUGUGGUAAGGACAACCGCGCUCUUUGCUGGAAUCCACAAACAUCAGAGAUCGUUGGAGAGUUACCUUCGGCGUCCAACUGGGCCUUCCAAGUUGAAUGGUGUCCACGGAAUCCAGACCUCUUGGCUACCGCUUUCUUCGACGGGACCGUUGGUAUCCACUCUAUUCAAUCGACCAACGACAACACACCGGCGCAACCAUCGGCGGCGGCGAUAUCUAAUGAAGGCGCCGGAUUAUUCGAUGGCCCCAAUUACCCAUCUACGUCUUUCCAAAGUAGCGGGACCUUCUCCCUCAAGCAACCUCCGAAGUGGCUCCGUCGACCAGUAUCAGGUUCAUUUGGCUUUGGAGGGAAGUUAGUGACCGUCUCCAACCUCCCAUCGGCACAGGGCAAAACUCAGAGCAGUGUCGUGCAUCUUCGUAACGUAGUGACAGAGCCUGCCUUAGUUGAUCGGGCUACCAGACUUCAGCAUGCAGUCGCAGAAGACAAAAUGAGCGAACUCGCAGAGGAACUCAGUGCUUCGCUGAAGGACGGCGCGGCUGAAGGGUGGAAGGCUCUUUUGAGUCUCUUCAAAGCGAACUCCCGCGAGGAGUUGGUCACUCUUCUGGGCUUCUCGAAGACCGAAAUCGCGGUGAAGGUUGCAGAGGCCAUCGACAGUCUCAAGGCUGCCGCCGCGAACGAGACGUCGACGGUGACGACCGGAGAGCCGGAGCGAUCUGACUCCCCUUCGGCUGGUAGCGACGAAGGUGAUGCUACUGAAGUCACGGAAGGUGAAGGAGAGAAGACCCCAUCCGAAGUUAGCGUGAGCGUGACUUCAGAUGUUUCCGGCACAACCUAUCCAGCAGAUACUGAGUCGACAACUACCGUGCCCAGUCUCUUUGGCGACGAUGACCCCGGCACUCCUCAGAUGGACGCGGGCGCCGAUUUCUUUAGCACGCUUGGUAUUUCGCAACAAGACGGUGGCUCAGGUCAAGUUCUGAUACCACAUACGAGUUAUGGACUUGACUCUUCUGUCGCGGCGACUAUUGGUUCUGGGCCAUCGUCAGUUACGUCGGAGACGAUGAAGAACAACACCUUCAAGAUCUACCCGAAGGAAGAGUCGGAAACGGACAGAUUGGUGACAAGGGCUCUCAUACUCGGCGACUUCGAAUCUGCGGUUUCCCUGUGCCUGUCUUCCGAACGCUUCGCCGACGCUAUCUUGCUAGCCGUCAAAGGGGGUCCUGAACUCCUGCAGCGUACCCAGAAGGCAUACUUCGAACGCCGAACUAAGAUGCUUCCCUACCUUCGCCUCUUCCAAUCGAUCGUUGGCAACGACCUUUCCGAUAUUGUCCAAAAUGCCGACCUACAAGAAUGGCAGGAGAUCUUUGUGGUCCUUUGUACAUUCGCAAGCCAGGAGGAGUUCGCCGGGCUAGCUGAGCAGCUCGGACGGCGCCUUGAAUUCCAAUUCAGCGUGUCUACUUCCUCCAAUGACAUUGCUACUGCGAGCGAGGCUCAAGAAUACAGGAAGCAUGCUACAUUAGCUUACCUUGCGGCUGGACGCUUGGAGCGACUCGUGAAUAUAUGGAUAGAUGAACUUUCUGAAGAGGAGAAGGUUUUGGUCAGCGAAGAGGCUAGUCACGGCGGAUCAAGAUAUACGGCACACGUUCAGGCUGUGCAGUCCUUCAUCGAGAAGGUCACGGUUUUCCGUUCAGCUAUCAAGUAUGUUGACGAUGAUCUUACACCGCAAGCCGCGGGUGACGGCGAUUCCGGCACGAAGGUGUACAAACUAUCUGGCCUAUACGAACGCUACGUGGAGUAUGCAGAAGUGCUUGCUGCGCAAGGAAUGGUCAAAGAGGCAGCUGUCUUCCUCAAGCUCACUCCGAGCAAGUACCACUCCUCGGUUGCCGGUGUAGCCAUAGACCAUCUCGACUCGGCUGCGCCGCGUUCUGCAACCGCCGUGCCCACAGCCACGUCUCAGCAGUCAUUGGGACGUACGACACAUGCCUAUCCCCCGUAUAGCACGGUGCCGUCUCAGCAACCAGCCCCCGUUCAACCGAUUAGCCAACAACCAUCGCCGUAUAACCCAUAUGCUCCAGCUCACAACCAAAGUGUUCCGCCCUCUACAGGUCCUGCUCCCCCCGUUGUGUCUCAGUACGCCCCAUCGAACAACACGUACAACACGUACAACACAUAUGCGCCCCCUCGACCGGCUGAAGCGUCAACCACUGUCCAGUCGGUGUCGCAACAACAACCAUCUCCCUAUAACCCGUACACCCCGGCUUCAACCACAGCUCCUAAUCCCGUCGCCCAAGGACACCAGCCCGGGCAAGGCCAUACUCAAUCACAAUUCGCACCGACGCCGGCGCCAUACAAUACGUAUGCACCCACCAACACGCUAAGCACGCCGCCCCAUCUCCGUAAUCAGACGCAACCGACGCCCAUCGCCUCGAUGGGUCCACCUCCCAGUCGGUUGAAUGGCGCUCUUCCACCCCCUCCCCCAAAACGGGACAAUGGCGGCUGGAACGAUGCGCCUAUCGCACCCCCCGUACGAACGUCGAGCGCAGCGAAUAAUGCCAAACCUGCCCCUAUUACAUCGCCAUUCCCUAAUUCCAUCCCAUCGUCGCCAGGUUACUCGCCCAUGAUACCCGGUCAAAAUCUUCCCCCUCCUCCACGCCCUAUGAGUGUUCAGGCCCGAGGUCAGACACCACCACAAGCAUUGAGAGGCCCUCCAACUGGCGUAUAUCCUCCCCCUCCUCCGAUGGGUCGACCACCGCCUCCACAGGGUCCUCCUGGACCUCCCCAAAUGCCCCCACCCGGGCCUCCCCAUAGUCAUAGCCAAUUGCCGCCGCCGCCGCAAAGGAUGAUCUCCCCGCCUCAAGGUCAUGGUAACUUCCAGCGUCAGCCUACUCCCAAUCAGUACGGACCGCCACCACCCCGCGCUACCAUUCCUGGGCAAUCCCCACCUCAGGGACCACCUCAAGGACCACCUCAAGGACAGUUUAGUAGACCACCCCCGAUGAACAACAACAUGCAGCGGCAGAGAUGA